UCUACAUACUUCUUUCAUUACGAAACAAGAGUUCAUUUUGUUGUGUGUGUCUAUUUUCUAGAAUUGAAGCUCGAGGAUGUUCCACACAAAUGAACUACACUUCUCGGGAUCAACCAUAUCCACGUGGAGAAAUCUGCGUCAGGGGUCCCACCGUAUUCCAAGGUUACUAUAAAGAUGAAACUCAAACGAGAGAAGUGAUCGACGGAGAAGGUUGGCUGCACACUGGAGACAUCGGAUUAUGGCUACCAGGAGGCCGCUUGAAGAUCAUCGACAGGAAGAAGAACAUUUUCAAGCUAGCACAAGGCGAGUACAUUGCUCCCGAGAAGAUAGAGAAUGUGUAUGCCAAAUGCAGAUUCGUCGUUCAGUACUUUGUCUAUGGCGAUAGCUUCUACUCUUCUUUGGUUGAUGUUGUUGCGGUUGAUCAUGAUGUGUUGGCAGAUUGGGCUGCCUCUCAAGGCAUCAAGUACAACGACUUGGAGAGACUGUGCAAUGAUCCAAGAUCAAAAGCAACUAUUCUAGUAGACAUGGAUGCUAUUGGAAGAGAAGCUCAUUUGCGAGGAUUUGAGUUUGUGAAAGCUGUGACGUUGGUGGGGGAACCGUUUACACUGGAAAAUGGACUUCUCACCCCAACAUUUAAGAGAGCUCAAGCGAAGGCGUAUUUCCAGAAUGCGAUUACAGAAAUGUACAAAGAGCUUGAUGUAUCUGAAACGCCUGCUAGAUCAGCAUUGUGACGUGAUACAUAAACUAAAACCAAGAAUAUUUAUAUGAGUAAUCCCCAUGCAUAGUAAUGUUAAGUGGUCGAGCCUUCAUUAAUUGAAACAAUAUGUAGAAGUGAAAUCGAUUGAUACAUUGCUUUGUCCUAGCUUCUCUGGCUCUUGCUUGAGAAUAAAUUAAAGUGUCCCUUGUUUUUAAUUUAUUGACAGAUCUCGUUGAGACUUUCAGUAGCUCAUUAGAAGCUAUAUAGUAUACCAUUUUUAACUGAUGUCCAAGUCUCCACGUGUCUUGCCAUACAACUCCGAGUAACUCCUUUUUUUUGGCAAAGUCAGUUAUAAAGUCAGUCAUACAGAGGAAAUAAGAAGAGCGCGGGAGUCGACCAAUAGCCGAACUCCCGAUGAGAGGGCUUUUUGUGCCACAUGAUGGGCAACCCUAUUAAGUCGACGAGAAGCAAAAUAGUAAAAAACCCAGCUAAAGCGAGAAGCCAAACUCCAAGCAUCCUCCAAUAUAGCUCCACCCCAAUCAUGAGCCGAGUCACCUCCCACCAUUCGCCGUAUCAAAUGUUGAGAAUCCCCAUGAAAUUAGACAGAAAAAAAGAGUGUGUUAAGCACCAUUUUAUGGCAUAACGUUCAGUCAAACUUGCCAUAACAAAUGGAUCAUGUAUUCCUCCAUAGUACUUUCCAAAAGCAAGGAGAAUAUUACCUGAUGCAUGAAAGCCUACAACGGCAAUACUCCCUUAUUGCCCAACACCGUCCAUGCAUAGCGUUCGAUCGAAGGCAACACCUGGCCACCAAUAAUGUAGACAAGAAAUAGUCAACAACAACAAAUCCUCAAGAGAGGAAAGUGUCCUUGAAAUCUAGACUCCUACAAAACAAACACAACAGAGUGGAGCAGGAGAGCGAAAUGACCAGUAUCGGCGAGCCGCACAAUGACGAUCCAAUAACUACUGUAGGAGCUCAUCCUGUGAGUGUGAGUAGAUAUAGAACGAUAUUUAGUACUAAUUAUGGUAAAAUUGGAAGAGUUGGAAAUUAUAUUGAAAAAUUAAUAAACUAGGGGGAGGAGAAAGAGCCUCUAUUUGCAAAAUUGAGGAAAAUUAGAAGAUUAUUUUAGAAAAAUAAGGCAAUUAUGACGGGGUAAAAAGUAAAUAUGAAAAUUUAAGGAAGAUAAAAUAACAGAGGUUGAAUUUAUAAUUAAAAAUAAUUACUAAUAAAAUUAGCAUGCGGAUGCGGUUGGAAUCCCUUCAAGAGAUGUAACCGCCAUAAUUGUAACUGCUCCGGAAUCCAUGUCGCCGUCCCUUCCGCCGUGCCCUCACAAUCCCAGCCUCCGGCCAGCCGUCUCCUCCUGCAUGCGCUCAUGCCGGAGGCUGCCUUCCCCUGCGAAAAUAGGGAAAAGAAACAAAAAAAGGGAAUCCGGCGAUAUCUACAUAGUAAAACCGUCGCCCACAGUAUACCGGCAAGAAAAGAAAAGAAAAGGUUAAGAGGAGGAGAUUCCAAGCCAAUGAGAUUUGGUGACGAGAAUUUUGCCGGAGGCCGCGAUCGAACGACGACAAUGGAUUUUGUGCGCUUGCGCUCAUCGCUCCAUUUGCGCACUACUCCUACUACUCGGUUUGACCAAAAUCAAACCUUUUUCGUUUCUCUUUCUUCCACCCAGCGCUGUUAUUCCUUCUCUUCUUCUUUCUCCGCAAUGAACAGAACAGGAAAGCAUAGGCAGCGGGACUAGACGACGACGGCGGCGUGAGGAUGCGAGGGGCGAGGAGUUAUGACGACCGACGAUGAUGGUGGAGUAGAGCGGCGGUCUAUCUAGGAUUUAUUUUUCCCGAGUAAGGUGACGAGUAUUUUAACAAUUUUUCUUUCCUUAAAAAGCACAGUUGCAGUUACGGGACCAACACAUUCCCUGCGCAAGCAUCGCUCUCUCUGUUCCCCGAAACAGUCCUUAUCAAUCUCCUACUUGGCACUCCACCCGUCACUCAAACCAACACACCUAACAAAUUCUGUCAGCACGU